AUAUACAAAUAAAAAUAAAUUUAAAAAACCAGCCCAAAUGGCCGCUAAACGUGUGUGCUUAAAUACUACAUAAACAACAAACAACAAACUCCAACCAAACACAAACUACUGUGAAAUAAUACAAAUAUAAAUAAAAAUUAUAUUAAAAAAAGCGUAAGCAGAGAAAAAAAAGCAUUCCAAUGUUGUCCUGUUUGGCGCCAUCGUCUACACGUUGUUUUGGCCAAGAGGAUAACAUAAUAAUACAGCAGAGUAUGCCAUCUUCUACAGCCUUCUCCAUGCAGUUUCCCUCUUUGGCGUCCAGUUUACACCAUCAUCAAACCACAACACACAACAACAGCCAGGCGAGCAAUGUGGCAGCAGCCAGUACGGAGCAUGUGGCACAUGCAACCAGUGCCGCCACAGCGAAUGCGGCCGAUGAGUGUCUGGUCAAAUGCCCCCAAUGCCACAAGCGCUUCAACGAGUUUCAGUCCUUUAGCGAGCACAUUGCCAGCGAGCAUCCGCUGGACAAGCUGAACUAUGAGCAGCCGCAUCCAGGCGCAGCUCAGCCCGACAGCGAGCCCGAGGCGGAGCCCGAGGAGGAGGAGGAGGACGAGGAGGAGGAGCACAGCAAUCUAAGCAGCAGCAGCAAUCCUCGCUAUGCCAAAUCCCCAAGCAACAACAACAAUAACAACAACAACAACAGUCACAAUAACAACAUCAACAUCAACAAUAAUAAUAAUAAUAAUAGUGAAACGGCAAAGAAUCAAAAUAAACGCAUUUCACAUUCACCUGCCUCGUUGGGUUCCCCCGUUGCCCCCGCCACGCCCAGUGAUCUGUUCGCCCAUCUGCCGCAUCCUGCCGCCCAUUUGCAAUUUGUGGCAGCCGCUGCGAUGGCCAUGCAAUCGGCACGCUCAGCCAACUCACCCAACAACCAGCAGCAACAGUUGCACCAACAUCAACAUCAACAGCAGCAUCAGCAGCAGCAGCAGCAGCAACAGAAGCCGAGCAGCAACAGCAGCAGCAUCGGCAGCAAUUCCGCCUACGAUCUGGAUUUGAGUGCCCAUCGUUCCACCUCCAGUCCGGGCUCCACGGCUGGCGGAGAUCUCCCAGCUGCUGGCUUCCCCUGCAUGCAGUGCACAGCCACCUUCCACAGUCGCGAGCAACUCGAGCAACACCAGCUGCUGCACUCGCCGACGCGGCAGCACACAAUCGCCCAGAACGUCAAACAGACCUGCAAAAUCUGCCACAAGACAUUCGCGAAUGUGUAUCGCCUGCAGCGGCACAUGAUUAGCCACGAUGAGUCCGCGCUGCUGCGCAAGUUCAAGUGCAAUCAGUGCGAGAAGGCGUUCAAGUUCAAGCACCACCUGAAGGAGCACGUGCGCAUCCAUUCCGGCGAGAAGCCCUUCAGCUGCGACAACUGCGGCAAGCGGUUCUCGCACUCGGGCAGCUUCUCCUCGCACAUGACCUCCAAGAAGUGCAUCAGCAUGUGCCUCAAACUCAAUAACAAUCGCCAGCUGCUCAAAACGCUGGACAAGAAUGCCGAGCAACUGCCUCCGGUGAAGCGUUCGGCCUGCAAACAGUUGGUGGAACCAGUUCUCCCAAAUCUGCCCAUGAAUUAUUUUGCUGGCGAUUCACAAUCAUCACCAGUCGGAGUCGGAGUUGGAGUUGGAGUUGCUGGUGGUGCUGCAGCUGCAGCUGCGCCUCCUCCUCCCUUUUAUCCCAAUUACAGCGCAAUGAAUGCGGCUCUGUUGGCAUUUCCCAAUGCUUUUAUGGCGGCUGCUUUGGAUCCACGCAUUCAUCCCUACAGCAUACAGAGAUUGCUGGAGCUAACAGCGGCAGGACAACAGCAGCAGCAACAGCAACAGAGGGAGCAGGAGGAGCAGCACAGGGAGCAGCAGGACAAACAGGAUGAUUAUGCAGAGGAGCCCAAGCUGGUCAUGGAUCUGGAACAGGAUGCAGAGCACCUAAACAGCGCAGCAGCAGGAGGAGGAGCAGGAGCAGAAACGAGGACAGCUGUCAAAAUGGAGAUGAGUCGCGAGACAACGCCACAGCCCGUCGAAGCACUCACAGCCAUCAAGCAGGAGCGGGAACAGGAACAGGAGCAGGAGGAGCAAAUGGAGCUGGACAUGCAGAUGGAUCUGGAGAAGGAACAGCAGGAACAGGAGCAGCAACAGCAGCAGCAAUCCUCCCCCCAGUCAAGCACGGAACUGCGCUGCAGUCGCUGUGCCAAACAAUUCAAUCAUCCCACCGAGCUGGUGCAGCACGAGAAAGUGCUCUGUGGCCUGAUCAAGCAGGAGCUGCAACAGCAACAGCAACACUAUCAACAACAGCAGCAACAACAUCAGCAGCAACAGCAGCAGCAGCAGCAAGCUCCUCGCUCCGUUUCCGACUUCGAUGACGAUGAGGAUGUGGAGGAGCUGCUGGAGGAGCCACGCCACGCGGACUACGCCGCCGGCAGCAGUGAUAGCAAUGAGCGCAAGGUGCGCGUCCGCACCGCCAUCAACGAGGAGCAGCAGCAGCAGCUGAAGCAGCACUAUGCCCACAAUCCGCGACCAAGUCGCGACGAGUUCCGCCGGAUUGCAGCGCAUCUCCAGCUGGAUGCGAGGGUUGUCCAGGUGUGGUUCCAAAACAAUCGUUCGCGGGAACGCAAGCUGCAGAGCUAUACAGGUGGCGGGGCUGGCAACACUGAGACAGCAUUGCUUGCCAGCUCUGCUGCACUGCCUCCGACACGUGGCGAGGAUCAGCCGCUGGAUUUGUCGCUGAAGCGGGAUGCAACGCCGCCUCAGUCGCAGCUGCAGCUGCCACCGGAUUACAGCGAGGCCAGCAUGGCCAUCAAUCUGAGUCGCCGCCAGUUGUCCAGCUCGACGGCGUCUGCCAUGUCGCCGGCAUCUCUCGCGGCGGCGGCGGCGGCCACUCUCUACUUUGCCCCACCCUCACCGACGGCGGGCCCCUUGCACAGUGCCACGCCCCCUUUGGGGGCACAGCGUGGCGCACCCUUUGCCGGCCUGCCGCCCUUUCCCAUGAUGGCCCGCCUGCCCAUGGAGGCGCUCUUCCAGAUGCGUCCGGGCGGUGAAUACGCACCCAAUCCACUGAUGAACAGUAUUAAAUUGCCGGAUUACCAUCGCGGCACCAGCCUCAGUCCGGGCGGAUCCGAGAAGCGCUCGUGGCGCGACGACGACUCGCGCAUCUCCCACGAGGACGACUAUGUCCUGGCCACGGGUGGUCUGCUGGCGCCGAAGCCGCGGCGUGCCAAGGCCGAGACUCAUGGCCAUGCCGGGGACCCCGAUCUGCCCUUUGUGUGUGAUCAGUGCGACAAGGCGUUCGCCAAGCAGAGCUCCUUGGCCAGGCACAAAUACGAGCAUUCCGGUCAGCGACCGUAUCAGUGCAUGGAUUGCCCGAAGGCGUUCAAGCACAAGCACCACUUGACGGAGCACAAGCGAUUGCAUUCCGGCGAGAAGCCGUUCCAGUGUUCCAAGUGCCUGAAGCGGUUCUCGCACUCGGGGAGCUACAGCCAGCACAUGAACCACCGCUACUCCUACUGCAAGCCGUACAGGGAAUAGGUAAGCGACGCCUCAGUGCCGCCCACCUGCGUAGCCAGUGUCGCCCCGACGCCGCACGGCCAACGUGCUCAGCGUCGCGCAGCCAGCCAGGCCAGAGCCAACAGCAGCAGCCACAAUCACAACAACCACCCCAGCAACAGCAACAAUAGUUAUCCACAUCAGUUGGCUGCGAUGGCGGCAUUUCAGCAACACCAGCACCACCAGCAACAGCAGCAACAGCAGCAGCAGCAGCAACAGCAACGCUUCCAGCAACGUUUGCCCUGCUGGCCAACGCCAGUUGCUGGUGCCAGCAACAGCAACAGCAGCAGCAGCAAUAUGUUGCCGCCACCACACAGCAAUAGUACAGUGCCUAAGCAAACCACACAACAACAACAACAACAACACCCACAACCAGCAACAGGAGCAGUUGGAGUUGCAGUUGGUGCACCACCACCUCUGCUGUCUGCUGCAGCGCCGCCUGGUUUCUUUGCCAGUCCGCUGCAUCAUCAUGCAGCAAUGAUGGCACCACCACAUCCGCAUCCACAUCCGCAUUCGCAUCCACAUUCGCAUCCACAUUCGCAUCCGCAUCCGCAUCCACCGUCCUUCAAUUUCUUCAAUGCCAAAAUGUAUGCGAGCCAAACAACUAACAUAAGUCUAAACUAGCUACAGUGAACUAACGCUAACGCUAACGGUGCACUUAAAUGCUGUACUUAAGAAAACCAAAAACAAAAACAAAAAACA